CCUAGACAGGGGUGGACUGACAACUCAUGGGGCCCCUGGGCAAUAGGGGAUCAUGGGGCCCCUGUGUCUUUGCCCAAACUCAAAAAAGCAUAUGAAAAAGGUACCAGGGGCAUCUCAUGGGGCCCCCUACUGACCCUGGGCCCUCGGGCAGUGCCCGAGUUUCCAAAUGGUCAGUCCGCCCCUGCCCGUAAUCAGGAUCUUCUCCCCGCGCCCACUGUCACAAUUUAAAAAAAACAGAGCCAUGCUGGGCUCUGGCCACAUGGCUGCAUCAUUCAUUCACAGAGUUCUGUUAAU